GAAAUUAAAGUAGCGGUAAGCACAAUGGUCAUUGGUGCACAAUGAUCUUCAGUUCAGUGUUUUUAGCCCUUGUGGCUUUCGGAGCCGCUGUUCCAAUAACAACAAAUCAGCAAGCCGCUGAUCAAACCUUAUUACAAAGACAAAAUGAAGUAAUUCAACUGCUGGAGAAUAUUGUUGGCGAAAUCCCCAAUGAACACUUAUCCACAAUCGGCCACACUUAUGACAUUGAGGGAAAUCUUCAGUCAUAUGAAAAUCCAAAUUUAGUCAAAUACCUUGCAACAGCUGUGAGGACAAAUAAUGUCCAGCCAAAGGGAACCGUUUUCUCAACAACUGUCAACGAACUUCGUCAAGAAGCCGUUCUCCUCACAAGAAUCCUCCUUGGUGCUCGUGACUGGAAGACUUUCAUCAACACCGCCGCCUGGGCUCGUGUUCACUUGAACGAACCUCAAUUCCUCUCAGCUUUCGUAGCAGCUAUUGUUCAGCGUCAAGAUACACAAGGUAUCAUUCUACCACCUGUGUAUGAAAUUCUCCCUCAAAAUUUCUUCGACUCUCGAGUAAUUCAAGAAGUACAAAAUAUCAAGUCCAGAGGAAUUAAACAAGUAGAUGGUAAGACGAUCAUCAUACCGAUCAACUACACCUCCCACUUGCCCACUGGUGAACACCGCAUUGCCUAUUUCACUGAGGACAUCGGUCUCAACUACUACUACACUUUCCUCCAACUUAUCGGAUCUUUGGUUCAAGAACAAACUCAGAAAGAAACCACCGGUACCCAACAACCAACUGGCCAUGGAGCACAAUGGCUCUACCUUCAACAACAACUCGUAGCCCGCUACAAUCUCGAACGUCACGGAAACAAUCUUGGCCCCAUUCCAGAAUUAGACCUCAAAAAUGUCAACAUUCCAUUCAAACCCCAUUUGAGCUACCUGAAUGGUCUUGAAAUGCCCGGUCGUACCGAGGGACCAAUCAAUGUCGCCGCAAUUCGUCCAGAAUUAUACCGCCUGAUUCGCACUCUAGAACAAAGAUUAUUAUCCGCAAUCGACUCCGGACGUGUCAUCACACCCAGCGGUGCACUCCUCUCCCUCUACCAACCACAAGGUUUGAACAUCCUAGGAAAUCUCAUCGAAGGCUCUGGAAGAAGCGUCAACCCCAGAUACUACGGAAGUCUCCUCCAAGCAUCAAAGGUUCUCCUCUCCGGAACUCCCGAGUUUGACAACAUUUGGGAAUACACUCCAGCUGCUCUUGAACUUUCCUCCGUCGCCACUCGCGAUCCAGCUCUCUAUGUUCUCUUGAAACAAAUCACCCAACUUGUGCAAAGAUACCAAGAGUCCCUCCCAGCCCACCAAUGGAAUGACAUCGUUCUACCCGGUGUUCAGAUCGAGAGAGUUGGCGUCAGCAAACUUAUGACAUACUUCGAGGACUAUUUGGUGAAUCUUAACAAUGCUGGAAUUCAGGGUACGUGGGAAAAUUUGGUUAAGGAUUAUCAGCAACAACAACAGCAGAAGAAGGGACAAGAGACACAACAGGGGGAAACUGGUUUGAACAUCAAGGGUCUGCUCAAGAGGCUCAAUCACUUGCCGUAUGAGUUGGAAAUUGUUGCUCAGAGUCAGCAGAAUAUUCCUAAUGCUGUUGUUCGCGUGUUCAUUGGACCGAAAUUCACUCAUGAGGGUCUCCCAAUUGAUAUCAAUGCUAAUCGAGAGGAUUUCGUCGAGUUGGAUCAAUGGAUCGUUGAUCUUACUACUGGACAAAACGUCAUCACUAGAAAAUCUCGCCACUCAUCCAUCCAGGGCAUUGAUCAUCCAUCAGUUGACGAAAUGAUCCCAACUAUCGAAAGAGCCAUGCAAUCCCAACAGCCGUUGUAUACCAUAAAGCCACAGCAACUCCUCAGCUUCCCUGCCAGGCUCUCCCUACCAAAGGGCUCAUACGGCGGUAACCAAUUCCAAAUUCUCGUUGUCAUCUCAGCUGGUCAAAAGCCCCUCCAAUAUGGACCAAUCACUCCCUACUCUGUCAACUCCUUCCACAGUAACCAAUGGCAAACAGUGAAUGCCGAUCAGUACGAACAAAUGAUCGCACAACCAACAAAGGACCAAACAUUAGUGGAUGUUGUUCCCGAUUUUACAGUCUUGGGAGGCGGUAUCAAUCAAGGCAAAUGGCAAUGGACCAACCUCUACAACCGUUACCAGGGAUACUACUCACAACCUCAAUGGCGUCACACUCUUCAGAACCAACAAUGGCAAGGAGUGAGACAAGGACAAACCUGGGGAGUUCAAGGUCAAGGCAUCCAAGGACAAACUUUGGGAGUUCAAGGCCAAGGCAUCCAAGGACAAACUUUGGGAGUUCAAGGUCAAGGCAUCCAAGGACAAACCUGGGGAGUUCAAGGACAAGUUCCUCAAGGACAAAACUGGGGAGUUCAAGGUCAAGGCGUUCAAGGACAGAACUGGGGAGUUCAAGGUCAAGGCGUUCAAGGACAAACCUGGGGAGUACAAGGUCAAGGCGUUCAAGGACAAACCUGGGGAGUACAAGGAAUUCAAGGACAAGGAAUUCGAGGACAAGGAGUCCAAGGUCAAGGAGUUCAAGGUCUAGAAUGGAACACCACUGGUGUUGAAGGACAAGAUGAUGAGCAAAACACACAAAGGAGUGGACAAAUUGUUGAGAAAUACUACAACAAUCUUCCAAUUUCUCAAGUAAUUGGUGGAGCAAUUUCUCUUGAUGGAAAACCAUUCGGAUGGCCAUUGGACAGGCCAAUUGCACCAAGUGCAUGGAGUGUACCAAAUGUAUUCGCUCGCGAUGUUGUCAUUUACCAUCAAGAUGUUCCAGUCACGACUGUACCAAGGACACUGAAUUAUUAAUCCUUCUGCAUACACGACUAUUCUUCUAUAACUCCUACUUUUAAUCACGAUAUUUAUUAUAUUGACAUGUGCUUAUUUUUUUAAUUCUUAUUAUUGUUUUAUUAAUUUUGUAUACGAUUGGGUUAUGCGACUGAACUGCAAGUUUUUUUGUAUUUAAAGUAUAAUAAUGAUAAAAUAAAUUUUUUUAAGAACAGUGAA